UGUUGAUGGCGUUGAUGCCCUUCAUUUACUGAGACUGAGGCUAAGAAAAGCAUUCAAUAUCAUAUUUUUUAUUAGGUUUUCCACCGUAAAUUCUUAGUGAUAAUUUUAAUAGAGCUUUUAACAUGUUCAAUAGGGUUUGCUUAUGAAUUAUUUAGGUUUGAACACCACACAGUCUACAGUAUCGCAUUAGAAUAUUGAAGAACAAAGUCUCCGACUCUAUUGUUCGUUGUUUUUACAAGUUGCACAUUUCAUUCCAUUUGCCAAUUAUCUGGGUCAGGUACUCACUACUGGUUAUUGAAAAUAACUGUGUUUAUAAAUAAAUAUAGGUAACAGUUAAUUAAAAUAAAUGAUUCGGCCUUAGAUAACCGGGUGGUGUUUAUUCACGUCGCUGUAGUGUGCCUUAGCAUUAAGUGAUUUGAUAAGAUCUGUUAUAAACUAAAUAACACAGGAGCCUUGAUUUUAUUGUAACAUUAAAUUAGAGAAGAGAUGUCGGAUAGCGGCGAGAGUGACGUUGCAUGGGUGUCUUACAAGGAUAGGCCUGAGUGGAAUGACUUGAAGCCUAUCCCAGAGGAUGACGGGCCUGCACCCGUAGUUGUUAUUGCACACUCUGAUAGAUUUCAAGAUGUGUAUGAUUACUUCCGUGCAGUACUGAAAAACAAUGAGAAGUCUGAAAGAGCACUUCAGUUAACCAAGGAUGCUGUUGAGCUGAACCCUGCUAAUUACACUGUCUGGCAAUACAGGAGAGAUCUCCUUCAGGCCCUGGGAGCAGACCUAAGAUCUGAACUAGAUUAUGUGGAAGCUGUCAUCAAAAAUUCUCCAAAGAAUUACCAGGUGUGGCAUCAUAGAAGAAUGCUGGUAGAAUGGUUGCAAGAUCCCUCACUAGAGCUGGAGCUGACUGGAGAUGCAUUAUUACAGGAUCCCAAGAAUUACCAUGCCUGGCAACACAGGCAAUGGGCUAUGAAAACAUUUGGCCUCUUUGACAGAGAAAUGGAUUUUGUGGAUAAUCUGAUCAGUGAAGAUGUUCGUAACAAUUCGGCGUGGAACCAACGCUACUUCGUCGUGAACAACCAUCUCGGUUGGUCCGAUCUAAUUGUUCAGAAAGAAAUAUGUUACACAUUGGAGAAGAUCAAGUUCGUUAAGAAUAACGAAAGUGCAUGGAGUUACCUAAGAGGUGUGAUGCUGCAUGACAAGAGAGGAAUGAAUGGUAACGCUGUCGUAACCUCAUUCUGCGAUGAACUUUACAAACACAAAUGUAGAUCACCAUAUUUAUUAGCAUUCAUAAUCGAUGUGUGUGAUGAAGCCAUAAAGAAAGGCGAAACUAACACUUUUCAUAAUGCAGAUAGAGCGAUAACGCUUUGUCACGCACUAAGCACUAAAUACGAUAAAAUUAGAAGCAAAUAUUGGAACUACAUUUGUGAUAAAUUCAAAAAACUGCAAAAAGAGGAAAACGGCUUAGAAAAUCAUGAAAAUAAUAUUGAAGACUAAACAGUAGAUAGAUAAUUUUUAUGACGCGCAUCGUUAUCGGUUUACUGUUCACCAUUCGUUUUUUUGUUAUAAUAAUAAUAUAAUAUAGAUAAAAAAGAUAACAGACUAAACAAUAGGAACAUCUUAAUUUUUGUCACAUUUUUGCGAUACAUUUUAUAAAGUCUCAUCCAGGUUUUACAAUUUUCAAUUACCGCAGUUAGCUUUUGCCUCGUUGUUGCCGUCAUACUGGUGUGUCAGUGUUCACGGAUUGUACAGUAAUAAUAAAUAAAAGAUGAAGUAAG